AUGGUCGCAAUCGGAUCGCUAUUUGUGGUCGUUGAAAGACUGGACAAUCUGGUGAUACCGGAAGAGUACGCCGACAUUGAGCGCGGAGGGACCCAGCUCUUCAUCUCUGUCGGGGUGUCCAACACCCUCACCUCGGUGUCCACUUGCGGCCACAAGGUCGAGUCUGGAGGACGGAACCUGCCUGGCAUCAGGUGGGGACAGAGUCUCGAGCUCCGUGUUGAACCGCACACCUACCCUCUCCGACGCGUGACAUUGUCUGUUUUUGCCCGUUUCGCCGGCAUUGACGACAACUACAACAAGAGCAUUGGUCACUGCUCGCUGGAUGUCAAUGAACAGCAUAUGGAACAUCCGUCGACAUUCUCGUCGUCACUCAGACACAAGGGUUACAACGCGGGCUUCCUACAGAUCCAGGCGUACUUUGUGUUCACAAAAGAAGGUCGACGCUUCUUGGCUGACCUCGAACGCGGAUGCAAGGCCAACGUUUACAGGCCUUUUGCCAGCAUCAAAUCUCUCUCCGGUGCAGCUGAUUCCGAUGCGCCCACCCUGCGAAAUCUCAAGUCUGCCGGCAGUUCUCGGUCCGCACGAUCCACAAAAUCGUCUUCCCCCGGCAAAAAGACAAAGUUGAAGGGCUUUCUGUCCUUGUUCAAGUCGAAAGAGGAUGAGGAUGUUGAGAAAAUCGUUCCUCCCGCGGUCCUGCAGGCUGAAAAGAGAAAAGGCAAGUCUAGGGAGACCGCCACUAAACGCGGUGAUACGAAAAGCUCUUCGAAACGCCCGCAGUCCACGAGGUUGAGCACCCAGGGAACCACUAUUAGAACCACUAACAGCCGGUCUAAAAUCGAACCUUCACGACUCAAUCACAAAUUCAAGACACAAACUGGAAAUCACCGAGACACCAGUGGCGGGGAGUCUACGAACCCCUCGCACUUCCGCCAAUUCUCGUCAUCGUCUAGCAUCUACCCACAACCUCCAUCGGCAUCUUUCUCGCCGUACACUCAGCAGGCGCUCUCACAAGCUAGAGAGACAGAGAUGGCUCUCAAGGACCGAAGGGUGAGUCGAAGCAACCCUCAAGAGAUGAAAUCACGAGGAACUGAUUACUCCGCAGAGGUCGAGACUUUCUCUCAAAUGGGCACAGAUGACAAUCAGGUCAUGUCGCCCGAUUUGGGCUCCAAGCUAGCUUCGCCGCUUAGCUCCAGGCUGGUGUCUGAGGCCCGCAGCUACAAUGAGCAGGUCCAGCCGUUGAUAGUGCGCAAGAGCCGUGGUGGGGGUGCUAGUUCGAGUGCGGCUGCAGUGGUCGUUGCACCAAGUAACACAGCUGGCUCAUACCACCAUAAAAGCAAACUUUGUGGAUCUGGUUAUGAAACUGGUGGUCCUGUUGGGCGAGGAGGCAUGCCCCCUUCUCGAAACAGCGAUCGGAACUCUUUAGUUGGUAGUGGGGUUGGGCAUGAGUAUGCGGCGCACCAUUCUCCUGGCGGCCAGUACUAUCAACCAUCUACUCAGAUGCAUUCUGGCCAAUACCAGCACCCGCAUCACCAACAGUGGUCGCAGUCCCGGUUGCUUCGUAACGAGUGGCAGGAUGAAAAUCAGAACGGCAUUAGUUGCCAGUUUUGCGGUCGGUUUAAUCCCUUAUAG